AUGGCUCGCCCCGUGUUUAACCUUUGCAAUUGCAAGCACCGGAAGCCAACGCUCCCCCACUACCACUCGCGUCGAGUGCUCGCCAACGUCCUCCUGCCGCCUGGCGCCGAGACAGCCGUCCACGUGAACGAUUCGCUCAGGUGGUCCACGGGCUUUAGUUCUCAACGAGAAAGCCUCGUCACACGGCCUAGUAGUUUCCCUGCCUUCCAGCCCGGUUCGCGUGUUCGCUGGGCCAAGAAAUGUGUUUCUGCCGGCCCAAACGUCUGCCUCUUAUCGCUCGUCCUUGUAACCCAACCUGGCGGAGCGGCGGGCCGGCGACCGUGCGGCACGGCACGGCACCGCGCGCCGGCUCGUGCGCGUACCAACCAGUCAACCAACCCACGCUCUUCCCCGCGACCGCCGCCGUUAGUGGUGGUAGCCUGGGAGGUGGGUUCCAGAGGCCCAUCUCUUCUACCGCUAAGUCCACCGGCCGUUGCCAGCGCCCAGCGGCGGUGGCGGUCUCAUCUCAUGGCGGCAGUUGUGAGCUGGUACGGGCCACUGAUCGACCUCUCGGCGGCCGCCAGUCAUGUCGGCGGAUUCGUGCAGCUACUGGCGGUCGUUCGCCGCGUCCUUCCCCACCAGGAGCACAAUGCUGCAACCGGAAGGACGUAUCAGAAAACCAUUGCUGAAGUCGGCGACGAUACACGGUCCAGCUUCUCUGUCUCCCUGUGGUCCUCCAAGCAUAAUUCCACCAUAAUCGCUGGCGAUGUCUUACUGCUGCAAAAUAUUAAGAUAGUGCAAUUCAGAAAUGGCCUGGAGGGAAGAGCUUCUCAGAUGUCUUCAGUCCAAGUAUUGUUGAACACUAAAGACUUGCUGAACCCUGAACCUGAAGGAAUACGUGAACUAAUAAGCAGUUGCAAAGUCGGGAAUACUACAAAAUCAAAGCUAACAAGAGUGGCAGAAUGGACCAUACGCACUAAAGGUGCUCUUGCGGAAAGUCAUCAUCAGGUGGUAUCGAAGAACUGGAAACAAACAAAAGAAAAUGAAUCAACGGAUUUCUUGUCUAUAUCAGAACUACUCUCUCAGAGAAAAUUAUGUAAUAUAAACAUUUAUGCAUGCACUGGCAAGAUGGUUUUAGUGAGUUCUCACACCUCCCCCCUUAAGGCAAACUUGUCAGUCAUUGACAAACUUUCUUUCAAAGAGCACAGUGAUAUUGUCAGAGAUUUGGUUACUCCUGGAUGCAAGUUAUGUGGUUCACCUCUAUAUCACAAAAACCUUCAUGGGGAAAACAAGUUUGAACUUGAUUGUCCUAAUAACCCAAAAUAUUUUCAUGUUCCUGGCCAGAUAUACAAGCCAUUUCUGAUAUAUGUCUAUGACCAAUCUGGACAAGUUCCUUUGCUUGUGAGGAAUAGAGCUGCGGAGACCUUAUUUGCCAAUAUCAUUGCAGAUGAUGUAUCUGAAUGCCACAAAAGCCACAUGCUGUCAGAAACCUAUGAGUCGUGUAACUUGAGCACUUCUGGUAUGAUAGAUGGUUCUGGCAACAAAGAGAGAGCAAAAAGGAGAAAAACCGAACAAAAGCCUAAUUUCUAUCUUAUUUGGCUUAUUCUGAUCAAAUGUCUGCUGAGCCAAGGCAACAACAGUCCCUUCUGCUUCCAGAUUUCAGUCAACCCUGAGAAGAAUGUUGAGGAUGGUCGUUUUGAAUUGAUUUAUUUGACAAUGCCAAUCCCAUGA